AUGACACCGGGUUCCAGGGAGCGAUCGGUGGUCGAUGGGACGGCGACGCCCAGAAAGCUCGGCGGUUGCGACGAGGAGGAGAGCGCAGAGCAGGCGAGCGAGGAGCGCAACAAGGGAGACGACGGAGUGGAAAUUCUUAAUCAGCAGCCACGGCUCUCAGCCCCGGUUCAGUCUCCCUGGCCUCUCGCCGAACCGAACCGGACAAGGCUCGACCUACAGCCCCCACACCUCGGCGGAGCUGCUCCACCAUGCCACGACCAGCAUCAUUUUCUCAGAUCAAGCGUUCGACCUCCGAGCAAACGGAUCAGGAAGGAUUCAGUCGGCAUCAAUGGACAUGGCGGGGCAAAAUCAAAGGGGCCGAAAAUGGCUCCUCUUCUCAGGGUGCAGUGGGACAAUCAGGUUCUGUUGCUGGCUCUGGUGGAGGGAUAUCUAAGGCUUCCAAGGGGCAAGGUUCUACAGAGAAGGAGGAGCAAACUGGUAACCAGAAGAGGGCCCGUCGGCAGUGGGAGUCUUGGAGUGCAGAGGACAAAAACAGCUUUUUUGAGGGUCUUUAUGAGCAUGGGAAAGACUUUGAAGCUAUCCAGAACAACAUUGCUAUUAAUAAAGAAGAGAGGCAAACCUGCAAACAUGGUGAAGAACAAAGAGCAAGUCCGACAUUUUUACUACCGAACUUGGCAUAAGAUCUUCCAAACCAUUGACUUUGCCAAUGCUUACUCCAGAGUGUUGAAAAAAAUCCUCCCAAGAAGUGUACGGCCUCAUCUGCUACGCCGAGCUCCGCAAAAAAGUGGAGGAUUAAUGGAUGACAAGAAUGUAGCAAAGCUGAAUGAACUCAUCCAGCAAGGGGCCACUACUGUACGCUCCAAAGGCAGAAACCUGCGAAUUAAAGCACCUAUGUGCCGUGCACUGAAGAAACUUUGUGACCCUGAUGGAGUAAGCGACGAAGAGGACCAGAAGCCAGUGCGCCUACCUCUGAAGGUGGCAGUGGAGCUCCAACCUCGUAGUAACCAAUCCUGGGCCCGUGUUCAGAGUCUAGCCCAUAACCCUCGCCUCAGGAUGGUGGUGGAGCUCCACAGAAAAGUCUCUAGCCUGAUUGAGUAUCUGAAGCAGAAGUGGGCGUACCAUGACCAGCGGAUUCUGAAAAGCCUUAUGGAGAGAGAGACUCUGGAGGGCAAUGAGUCCAACACGUCUCCUGGCAAAUCACAGCAGGAAGAGCUCGUUCUUUUCCCAGCUGACAGCACUACUUUGACCACACUGCCUGGUGUGGCACGUGUAGUCCACUCAAAGGCUUCCUGUACUGUACACUGGCUGGAAAGUGGCAAGAAUCGGCCCAACUCCAAGGAAUUGCCUGCUGCUCAGAUCUUAGGUAUUCACACAACUCCAACAGCUCGGACUGGCAACAAAUCUGGCCGGGGAGGCGCUGCUGCUGUUGGUAGCACUUCAGUCACUGCAUUGGGUGAUGGCCAUCGAACUGAGCCCCCAAAUUCUGAGCCUUCUUCAGAUGGUUCUGCAAAGACAGAUGAGAGCAGAUUUCAGUCUGGGUCUGUCCCUGCUUACUCGCAGCAGACUGCGGCACCCAGGGAAGAAGGAAUCGGCCCCACUGAGGUGGGAAAGACCUGUGCUGCUUUGGAGGUCAUUGGUGCUUUAGCUGUGACCAAAUGUAAGGACAAGUUAUGUAGCAGUGCAGAGACCUCAUCAGAGCAGUGCAACGAAGAGCAGAUCACCUCUUCUCCUGAGGCCAACCCGACUCCUCCGUCCAAACCUCUGGUGACCGGCGCAGAAGAAGGAGCGCUCCAUGGCUCUGCCCCGCCGGCUAAAGAACGGACUGUUGAGCAGAUCAGGGAGGAUGGGUGGAGUAUCCAUGACUCUGAGAACGUUACCCUGGCAGAACUCUACCUGAUGUUUGGAAAGCCUGGCAAACUGCAGCUAGAAUACGAGUGGCAGCCCAUCAUAGUUUCAUCCAACACCCAAGAAAAUGGACACACCUCAAAGCCUCAGACUAGACCGCCAAACCGGACACACCACGUUUUGCAGUGCCUGCUAAGGCUGGUUGCUACAGAAGUCAACCCCAAACCUUUGGCUCCAGAAAUGUGCUCCACUGCAACAUCACCACUCAAGACCCUUCAGGAGGAGCAGAGCCAGACAUUGACACCUCCAGGAAAGGGGGCCAUAACAGGCGUGCGCAGCCCCAACUUUGGCCGGCAGCAGGCUUCAGUCCGUGGGGCCAAGAUACACUUGUCAAACACAGGAAUCUCUGGCGGGCGCAAUUUGCCUCGCUCACUGCUGGGGUCGACAGUAGGAAGCGAGUCAGAAGGCGGCGUAUUCGCAGUACCCACCACGUUGCCCCCGAACAGCUCGCGCCACUCUAGAAUGUUCUCACCCAACAAAGAAGCUGAGCUGGCCUUAAAACAACAACUCGACUCGAUCAGCAUGCAGUCAGAUCUUUUCCUUUCUCGGCAUAGAAAACCUCGAAAUAGACAACUUCGGAAACCACUUGUUGUGCAGCGAACGUUGCUCCCUCGAACCACUGGAGACACUCCUCAGCAUGUCUGCUCCUUCUCCAUCCUGUCGAACUCCUCUGCCACAGGAACAGGAUCAUUUCGGCCAAUCCAGGCCCGUCUGGCUCCUUUGGGCCGCCCCCUAGUCUCUAAAGCCGUCCCUGCAGCCUCCAGCUCUACAACAUCCAGCCAGCUCUCCAGUACCAUUGACCUGGCAGCCAAGUCUGCAGGCAUCAUUCCUGUCAAUCCCUGUGUGGAACUGGAAUCUCCUGCCGUUGAGAGCAGCACUCUGCUCGACACGUCACCCAUUGUGGAGCCUGAACCAGAUUCUCAAGUUCUGCAGCACAGUGUUCCAGAGAAUGGUCUGCCUCCCCCCUCCCUUGGCAUGACAGGUGGUGGAGACUCUCUCCUCUCAUCAUCCAGCGUAGCCUCACUCUUGGAUCUGUCUCUUCCCGGCCCCCCUGAAGAGGCUCUGACUCCCGGAGACCCGCAGGCCCAUAUCAGUGACUCCAUUAUCGAGCUUGCCAUCAACUCCGCCCAUUACGGUGCAUCCACGCUAUUACAUUUUGGUGAAGAGGCUGGUCUCUCUCCAGCCAAGCUGACCAACAGCGACACUUCCAAGCUGUUGGCCUCCUCCCCCUCCGUCAGCCCGUCCCGGGGCUGGAUUCCCUCACCCAGCCACGACCCCCAGUGGUACCCCAGCGACUCGUCCGACUCCACACUAGGAUGCCUCCUCUCCAGCAUGGUGUCUCCUGAUAAGGGGAGGAGAGCCGCUGUCACCCCUUCUGUCCCCUCCAGUGGUACAGCUUUGCUGGGUCCUAGCCUCCUAGACUGCAACUCACAUGAUUCCUUCCAGUCCCGUGGCCUUCCUGAUGUGGCAGAGAUGGACUCUCAGCUUGCAUGUAUGAUGAGCGAGAGUAGUGUGGACUACAUCGCUCGCUUCAACGACCUGGCACAGGAGCUGGCAGUGACCGAGCCAUCAAUUCCACCGCCGUGAGGACAGAAGGGGCGAACAGGCACCGCCCACCUGCAGUCUGUUACCAUGCUGCUGUCUUCCUCUUUAGGUAGAAGCAGGAGUUCAGCAACAGACCAGUGCCCCAAAGCCAUCCCAGACUUUUUUUUUUUUUUUGGUAAAAGUGCAAUAAUAACGAUGAACUUUAGACAAGAGUCACAUCGUUAAAUGAGUUAGAAACACGUUUGUUUCACUCAAACUUUUUUUGUGAAAUGCCUUUUUUAAAAAGAAACACUUUAGAAAAAACAAA